GGAUUUAACUCAGAGACGCAGUUGCUGCUGUCACAGUUGCUCCUGGAUUCUACAUUGUGCGGAUCUCUUCUUCACACUGCAAAUAUGGAUCUGAAAGUGAUCGUAAUAUUCGCUCUGAUGGCGGUCGUCAUUCAUGCACCGGUUUCAAAUGCCAAGCCCAUCAGCCUGGUAGAGAGAUGCUGGUGCCGUUCCACAGUCAACACAGUCCCACAGAGAAGCAUUCGCGAACUCAAGUUCCUCCACACACCCAACUGCCCCUUCCAAGUCAUUGCCAAACUGAAGAACUACAAGGAGGUGUGCAUUAACCCAGAGACCAAAUGGCUGCAACAGUUCCUGAGGAAUGCCAUGAACAAAAUGAAAAAAGCUCAACAACAGCAGAGCUAAGAAGUCUGCCAGAUGACAAGAGAAUCUGACAGCCCACCGUCACAGAUAUGUACCAUAUAGUCCUCUGGCAUGCUUGCUGACCCAGCACUUAACCUGUCAAAUAUGCAUCCCCAGUAAAUGACUCGGCAAAAGACCACCAGACCAUCGUCUCCACCCAUGUAGUCUUCUCUGUUAGCACCAAGUGCAAUUAUAUAUGUAUGACUGUGUUUUUUUUACGUAUGAUAUGUAUAUACAAUGUUUUCUUAUAUAUCGUCUUAAAAACAGUAAAGAGAUAUUUUUGGAGUCGUGUUUGCUCCGUGUUUGUUGUGUUAUGUUGGAUUAGGCAGAUCGGCAUUGAGAUAAUGAGGCAUUUUGGAGCAAACAUUCAAAACUCUGAAAUAUUUUUAAAUUUUAGAUGUAACCGAAUAUGUGACUUCACAUUGGCAGGACUGAAGUUCUGACAACUCAUAUGCAUGCAAGUGCUUUGACACAAAAAGAAGGGCAUUGAUUUUCAACUAUUUCAUUACGUAUUUUACUAGUUCAUAACUUAGAUAUCAGUAACAGCAUAAACUGCAUGUAAACUUUAUAUGGCAUAUAUGAAAGAAAAAAAAGAGUCACUUGUUUUCAUUCUUGGAAAGGCAGGGUUACUUAGCCAAACAAACAUGAACAAUUUAGACCUCGUAUAACCCAAACGGUUUCUGAAUGACUUUGGGGAAUGUAAUUGGUUUUACUGGAAGGCAUUUGUGCUCCGACAGAGUGUCUUUUGCAACAUUCUGUAGAUACCAAAACAUCUGUGCUUGCAAAUGUUAAUUGACCGAUCAGAGUGUGCGUAACGAGCUCGGUGUCACAACAUAAAUGUUUCUUCACGCUCAGCAGAAUUAAGUCAUGAACAGAGACAUCAGAGACAGUUGAGCGUCAGUUAACAAAACAAAAGUAGAGGUUAGAGAAUUUACUGCAAGUACUAAUGAGCUAAUUCAUUCAUUCAAUGAUGAAAACUAAAUCAUGGCAGGCAUGAUAAUCUUUAUAAAACAGCAGUGUUAGUGGAACAUCUGAGGUAGACCUUGAGGCAGAACUAAUCGACGUAAUGACUACCUAUAUAUAACAAUGCACUUUAUAACCCUUGUGACUUUUAAGGAAAAAAAGCAGAUUCUGAAUGACUUCCAUUACGUAGUGAAUAGUUCUAGUGCCUAAUGUUUUCUUUGUUUAGACGUAGUUAUGAUUGUAUUGCCAAAUUUAUUAAACAUUUGUAUCUUCAGCAUCAUAUUUUAUUAUUUUGAGUGGGUUUAUUUUAUAUUUUUCUGGAAUAUUUGACAACUAUGUUUAAGAACAGUCAGAUUAUUAAUUUAAACAUCAACAGCAGCUGAAUAACUGACAUGUACAUAAAAAAUACAUGUCAAUAAAUACAUUUUAAUGAAAAAAAUCUAACAAACAAUUUACAAAUAUCUGACUUUUGCAAAAAAAUAUUUAACCAGAAAAUACAUCUCAAAAUCCCCCCAGUGAAAAAUGUAUCAACAAUUUUGAACAUCUAAGCAUGUCUCGUGUUUCUCUUGGUCAACUGUUUUGUCUAGGAAUACACAUAAUGUGAACACCAAACAUAUAGCAAAGUAUGCCAAUGCCUUGUACCUCUCCAAAGAAAAUUUGUGUUAUAUUACUGCCAUAACAUUGAGCCGUUAAAAGAACCAGACCUCACAAACACAACCCUCAGGCACAAAAUCUAUAAGGAAACAUAAUGCCUCUACAUACUCUGUGCCUCUACUGGAGUCUGUGUAUAGGAUGAGGGUUAGAGCCCCCUGCCAGUACAGUACAUCUUGGAAAAAUAAAAUAUCAUGCACUCUUUGAAAAGGGCCAUUUCAGAAUGUGGUUAAAGCCAUAUUACUAAUGAGUAUUUUUCAACAUUUAGAAAAUGAAAAGAGACACAAAGCUUUUCUCACUUAAAAUGCCCCAGUGCAUUGAUGCCAAUAAAUAAAACAUUUCCAGGAUUAAAUGGAAAAGUAAAAGUAGCUAUUUUAUAUAUAUUCCAGCAAAUUGCCAAUAUUCCCAACACUGUCACAUAAGUAACUGUAGCAUAUAUGUCCUUCCAUUUAUUUUUCCCACUUAAUGUGAAGAUUACUUCUGUGUAUAUGGCAGCUUAAAGCAUAUCUGUUGUUCUUUCCUUUGUAAGUCUGUAUAUUGAUUUGAUGUAGUCCCUUACAUGUUCAUUUUGAAAUAAAUCAUUAUGAAGAA